UACCAUACAGAAAAAAACAUCCCUGACAAGCAGCUGUUGCUACAAUGUUACAGAACUCCCACGUGCGUAAAUCAAUCUGUGGUCACUUUGUGAUAGUUUGACUAAUCGUCAGUGAUUUGUGAGAAUUUUCUGCAUCUUCGACGAGAGGACAAUGGAGGCCGUUAUUACGAUUAAUCCCGGUGCCACGAAAUGGGACAUCCGAGAGAAAGUUUGGGAUUACAUUGAAGCUAAGAAUCUUGCAAACUUUCCAAGGCCUGUGCACAACAGAAUCCCCAAUUUUAAGGGUGCCCACACUGCCUGCGCCAAGGUGUCGGAGCUGCAGGUAUUCAGUGAGACUGACGAGGUGAAGGUGGACCCUGACAAGCCGCUGGAGGGGGCGAGGCUGGCCGUGCUGCAGGCGAGGAAAACCCUGCUGGUGCCGACCCCUCGCCUUCGCACAGGACUCUUCAAUAAGAUUGUCCCGCCUGAGGGAGCAAGCAAAGAAGAACUGAGAGUGUGUUCCACCUCGCAGGGAGUGAAGGAGUUCAGUGUCCCUGUGGGUCUGGAUUCCAAGGUUCAGGUGGAUCUUCUAGUGGUUGGCUCUGUGGCCGUGUCUGAGAAAGGUUACCGGAUAGGUAAAGGAGAGGGCUUUGCUGACAUGGAGUAUGCCAUGAUGCUCUGCAUGGGGGCUGUGACGGAAUCCACUGUGGUGGUUACUAUCGUCCAUGACUGCCAGGUUGUUGACAUCCCAGAGGAUCUGAUUGAGAGCCAUGACAUCACUGUGGACUACAUCCUCACCCCGACCAGAGUCAUCAAGACAGACUGCCAACGCCCCAAGCCCCAGGGCGUCAUCUGGACUAAGCUGAACGCUGAGAUGCUGGAGAAGAUCCCCGUGCUGAAGAAGCUCCGGGCCUUGGAGGAGGAGCAAGGGAAGGACGUGACCCUGGGGACCCACCCUCCCCCGCAGCCCAGGGAAAGGGCCAGGAGGGAGCCCCGGAGGGACAGAGAGCCCAGGUCAGAGGGUGAUAGACCCCGGCGUGAGCCCAGGCGCAGGCCUAGACGGAACACCCAAGAGGACUCUGAGAGGGACCCCAAUGGGGAGUCCAGGGAGGAGACUGAGCAGAAACCCAGACGACGCCCACCAAGAGUGAGGAGGGAGGGGGACAGAGAGGGG